AUGUUGUCAACCGGAGUGGACAUCGAGGGACGACCCCCAAACCUCGAACCCGUCAAGGCAGCGGACGCCGAAAAGGUCGCUGGUUCUAGAGCCGAUAUCGCUCAUAAUGAGGUCGCUUCCUUGUCUAGUGGCACCCUCGGCGACAAUACCCAUCGGAAGCUCAAGUCGCGCCAUAUCCAGCUGAUCGGCAUCGGAGGCACCAUCGGUACGGCCUUUUACGUCCAGAUCGGCAAAGGUCUCCUCAACGGAGGGCCUGCCAGCUUGUUUCUGGCCUUCACCAUCUGGUGUACCUUUAUCCUGGCCAUCGCCAUGUGCAUGGCCGAAAUGGUCACCUAUCUGCCCAUCUCUUCGCCCUUCAUUCGCUUUGCGGGCCGGUACGUGGACGAGGCCUUUGGAUUCGCUGCAGGCUGGAACUUUUUCAUCUUCGAAGCGGCCAUGGUGCCCUUUGAACUCACUGCUUGUAACCUGAUCAUCCACUACUGGAGCGACGCCGUACCUGUAGGCGGCAUCAUUGCCAUUACGCUGGUCAUCUACGGCUUGGUCAACCUGCUGGCUGUGGAGUGGUAUGGUGAAACCGAGUUCUGGGCUGCGCUGGGCAAGUUUCUGCUCAUUGUGGGAUUGCUCAUCUUCACCUUUGUCGUCAUGGUGGGCGGAAAUCCCCUGGGAGAUCGAUUUGGGUUCAGAUACUGGAAGGACCCCGGCGCUUUCACCGAGUUGUAUUACACUGGUUCCCUUGGCCGCUGGCUGGGCUUCCUUCAGUGCUUGAUUCAGGCAAGCUUUACCAUUGCUGGACCGGAUUACGUUGCCAUGGCCGCCGGCGAAGCAGAAAACCCCCGUGUCGUCAUGCCCCGCGCCUUCAACGCCGUCUUCUACCGUCUCACCGCUUUCUUCGUCCUCGGCUCUCUCGCCGUCGGUAUUCUCGUCCCUUACAACGACGCCGAGAUGGCCCUCGCCUUUUCCUCCGGUGCUCCCGGCGCCGCCGCCUCUCCCUACGUUGUCGCCAUGAACCGGCUCCGCAUCCGCGUCCUCCCCGACAUUGUCAACGCCAUGGUCCUCACCGCCGCCUUCUCCGCCGGCAACAGCUACGUUUACUGCGCCUCGCGCUCCCUCUACGGUCUGGCGCUCGAGGGCAAGGCCCCCAAGGCGCUGCUCAAGUGCACCCGGUCCGGAGUGCCCAUUUACUGUGUCAUGAUCGUGCUGUGCUUUGGCUUGUUGGCGUUUCUGCAGGUCAGCAACAGCGCGGCCGUGGUGCUCUCGUGGUUCAUUAGCUUGAUGACGGCUAGCCAGCUGAUCAACUAUAGCGUCACUUGCACUUCGUAUCUGAGGUGGUACGCGGCGCUCAAGGCGCAGGGGGUCAGUAGGGAUAAGUUGCCGUACAAGGGGCUUUUCCAGCCCUAUGCGGGGUGGUAUGGGCUUUGCGGGUGCUUUGUCAUGACGUUUGUGGGAGGAUAUACGGUGUUUUUGCCGGGGCAGUGGAGCGUUGCUACGUUUUUGUUCUCGUACACCAUGAUUGGGGUUUGUCCUGUGCUCUUUGUGGUGUGGAAGAUUGUGAAGAAGACGAAAUUCCACAAGGCCGAGGAAAUUGACUUGCACAAGAAUCUGGACGAAGUGGAGGAGUAUCAGGCAAAUUAUGUGCCAACCCCGUCUAGGAAUCGGCUCGAAUGGGUUUUGGAUUGGCUUUUUGGUUAA